AUGACUUCAUUGGAGGCCGAGGGUGAAGGAGCCUACGACGAUGACUUUGAAGAAGAGGAUGCCUCGGACGAUGACCGCGAGGCACCUGCUGCAGAUCCUCCGGCGCUGCCAGUCUCAGCAAGGACGGAUAAGCCGCCGAGGCCAUCGACUCCGCAGACAUCGCCUGCAGAGGCUCGCUUGCCCAUCCGGCGAGAGCCCUCCUUGGGCCGAUCCGGGAGCCGAGGAAGUCCCGUGAAGGCGGAUCACCGACAUUCCGUGUCGGUGCCUGUCGAGAAGGAUCCGCGCGUCAGUCGCACGGGCUCAGGUGCGCUCAUCGUUGCAGAGGGUCUUCCUGUUCUUACGAGCCUGGAUGACCAGCUGGAAAACGGAAGGAGCAUGGGGAGUGCUCCAAGCACAGGGCGGCGGGUUGUGCGAGGGAAAGUAUCGGUUGGGGAGGACCAUCGGCCAGGGACAGGUGACAGCUCCACUCAGGGUGUUAUCUCGCCGGCAGCCCCACCGAAAGAUUCAAAGCCGUUGUGGCUGCAGCAUGACGGAAGAGGUGCACGCAACAAAGAUGCCCUUCCAAGCUCCGGGUCGAUAGAUCCAGAUCCACCUCGUGGGGGACGCCGUGCGAGACCUGGUGAAAGCCCGGGCGCUGCUUCGGAAGGGGAUGCCGUGAGAAGCGAGGACCCACGAAAAAUCAAGCGUCUCCAGCAGGAGGUUCAGCGACUUUCUCAGCGUCUUCAAGAGUCAGAGAUGUUCUCUGCCCAAGACGAUGGGUUGCCCAAGUUCGCCUUGGAAGAGGUGGCGGUGGGCAACAUGCUCGCUCAAGGUGGGUUCUCUUCCGUGCAUUAUGCAACUUGGAUGUGCACACCAUGUGCCUUGAAGAAAAUCUUCGAUCCAGUUCUCACAGAGGAGCUCAAAGCAGAGUUUGAGAACGAGGUGCAGAUGCUGAGGCGAUUGCGACAUCCUAAUGUCGUGACACUCAUGGCAGUGUGCAGGACACCUCCGGCACUGAGCAUCCUUACCGAAAUGGUGUUUGGAGGCUCCUUGUUUGAGAUCCUUCAUGGCACAGCGCCAAGGCCUCGAGGUUCACUCGAGGCCGACCCUGCGACUCUGUUGCCUGUCGUGCGCCAGGCUGGAGUUGCGCUCGCUUACCUGCAUGCUAUGAUGGUUGUCCACAGGGACAUCAAGCCCAGACCCCAGCGGUACACCUGGAGCAUGCGUGUGUCGAACUUGAGAUCGGUAUCGGCAUUUCGAGAGCAGUCCUUGUUGUGCAGUUUCAUGUACGAGCAACACAACGCGUGA